AUGCUGGACUUCAUUAAAAAGGAACCACUGGAUUCUUUGGCAUCUCCAGUUCGCUACAAGGCAAUUCUUGCCAUUAGACAUCUGAGCAAACUCAAACCAUCUUUGACCUUGAAGGAAAACCGUGAGCUCCUUCAUCAGUGUUUCAAAAGUUUGUUUCCCCUCCCUCCCCUGGAGAAGAUGAUGAAAGAGGAAGGUGAGACAGCAAAGGAUGCUCUGCCUAUACAGUCACUGUACGUAGAGUCCUUGGAAGCCCUUGGCAAGCUAAUGAAGACUUUGCUGGAGGAAGAACCAACCGCACACUGGUUCCAGGAAAUGUUUCAACUACUAGAGACAUGGCUCCAUUCAGAGAAGGAGUGGGAGAGAGAAAGGGCCUUGCAGGCCACCAUCCAGCUGCUGACUGCCUAUCAAGAGACAGUUCAUAGCACA